AACGCGAGGAUGUGUUUAGAGAUUGCGCGUCUGCGCGUCUGCGCUGAAGUUUAAAAGCUCGCUGCACGUUUGGGUGUGCCUCUUCGAACAGGUUUGGCCAACAUGUCCACAAUUUUAAACAUAAUUAAUACGAAAAUGAGGAGAGAUCUGGCCUGGUGUAGAAGACUCAGGCGAGUUGCAGAACGGAGCAUAAGCUUCGCGUCACGGAAGCACGCGGAUGAGAGCAAUGGUGACGUGGGAGCUUUGCGGAAGAGGCUGAAGGACACGGCAGAGACUCUGAUCAUCGGAGGAGGAUGUGUGGGUGUGAGUCUGGCGUACCAUCUGGCCAAGCUUGGCCAGAAGGACGUGGUGCUGCUGGAAAAAUCGGAGCUGACUGCUGGCUCCACCUGGCACGCUGCUGGACUAACCACAUAUUAUCACCCAGGGAUCAAUCUGAAGAAGAUCCACUAUUACAGCAUAAAGCUUUACGAGCAGCUAGAGGCAGAGACUGGCCAGGCGGUAGGCUUCCAUCAGCCAGGGAGCAUUCGGAUUGCCUCGACUGUGUCUAGAGUGGACGAGAUGAAGUACCAGAUGACCCGCACUCACUGGCACUCGACCCCACAGUUUCUCAUCUCACCAGAGGAGGUCCAGGAGCUCUGCCCCCUGCUCAACAUGGACAAGGUGCUGGCAGGCCUCCAUACCCCUGGUGAUGGGCACAUCGAUCCCUACUCUCUUACCAUGGCACUUGCGGCUGGCGCCCGCAUGCACGGUGCCCAUAUCUAUAACCCUGCACCUGUCACUGGCCUGUUUCCCACUCCUGAUGGGAAGUGGGAUGUCCAUACGCCUCAUGGGACCAUCCGUGCCAACCGCGUCGUCAACGCCGCAGGAUUUUGGGCCCGGGAGGUAGGCCAAAUGAUUGGUCUGGAGCAUCCCACCAUUCCUGUCCAUCACCAGUAUGUGGUCACAGCCACAGUUGCCGAGGUGAAGGCCCUGAAGAAGGAGCUGCCCGUCAUCCGUGACCUGGAAGGCUCGUACUACCUCAGGCAGGAGAGAGACGGCUUGCUGUUCGGCCCCUACGAGAAGCAGGAGAAGAUGGUUCUGCAGGACUCGUGGGUCACGGACGGAGUCCCUCCAGGUUUUGGUAAGGAGCUAUUUGAAUCUGAUCUGGACCGCAUCAUGGACCAUGUUGAAAUGGCCAUGGAGAUGGUUCCUGUCCUCAAGCAUGCUGACAUCAUCAACAUUGUAUCCGGGCCGAUCACAUACACCCCUGACCUGCUGCCCAUGGUCGGACCGCACCAGGGGGUCCAGAACUACUGGACCGCUAUCGGUUUUGGGUAUGGCAUCAUUCAUGCUGGAGGAGUUGGGAAGUUCCUCAGUGACUGGAUCCUGAGCGGAGAGCCCCCUUACGACCUGAUCGAAUGUGACCCCAACCGCUAUAGCAAGUGGACCACGGUGCCCUUCAUGUGUGCGAAGGCCAGAGAGUCUUAUGGCUUUAACAACCUCGUGGGUUACCCUAAGGAGGAGCGGUUCGCUGGCCGCCCCACUAGCAGAGUGAGUGGUGUCUAUGAGCUGCUGAAGGAGAAAGGUUCGAUGGGCUUCCAUGCGGGCUGGGAGCAGCCGCACUACUUCUACAAACCAGGGGAUGAUGUGCGAUACAGACCCAGUUUCAAAAGGACAAACUGGUUUGGACCGGUCGGCCGUGAGUGCCAGCUGGUGAUGGAAAAAGUGGGAGUCAUUGACCUUUCGCCUUUUGGCAAGUUCAUGGUCAAAGGGAAGGAUUCGCACAAGCUCCUGGACCGAUUGUUUGCCAACACCCUGCCGAAGGUGGGCCUAACGAACAUCAGUCACAUGUUGACUCCGAGGGGGCAUGUCUAUGCCGAGCUCACCAUUACCCAGCUUGCCCCUGGAGAAUUUAUGCUUAUCACUGGCUCAGGAUCAGAACUGCAUGAUCUAAGGUGGAUAGAGAGAGAGAGAACUGAUGGUGGGUAUGAUGUGGACAUCUCCAAUGUGACCGAUGGUAUCGGAGUGCUGGGAGUUGCAGGACCAAACUCUCGUCGGGUCCUGCAGAAGCUCACCAGUGAAGAUAUGAGUGAUGGUGCCUUCAGAUUCCUCCACUGCAAGUCCAUUGAACUAGCAGACAUCCCCCUCCGAGCCACACGGAUAUCAUACACAGGGGAGCUGGGAUGGGAGCUGUACAUGGACAUGCCAAAGAUGGAGGCAGUUUACCAAGCCAUAAUGGAGGCAGGCCAGGAAGAGGGCAUUGAUAAUUUCGGCACCUACGCCAUGGCCUCUCUAAGGCUCGAGAAGGGCUUCCGGGGCUGGGGAGCUGAGAUGAACUGUGACACAAAUCCUCUUGAGGCUGGUCUGGAUUACUUCAUCAAACUCAACAAGCCUGCAGAUUUUGUUGGGAAGCAGGCACUACUGGAGAUCAAGUCCCAAGGGCUAACAAGGAACCUAGCUUACCUCACCAUGGACACAGACGAUGUGGACCCUGAGGGCAAUGAGACCAUCUGGCACAAUGGAAAGGUUGUUGGGAACACAACAUCAGGGGCAUACAGCUACACGACUCGCAAGAGCCUUGCCUUUGGCUACCUCCCCACCCACCUAGCCACGAUUGGUCAGAAUGUGGAGGUAGAGCUUCUGGGCAGGAAGUAUCCUGCCACAGUUGUGCAGGAGCCCCUGGUCCAGACCGAACCCACCAGGACCCGCCUCCAGAAAAAGUCCAGAGGUGGAGCUUGAGAUAGGAGCAUGUAUAUGAUUGGAUGGGACAACUGGACCAUGGCUGCGUGUGAUUGGUCACUCAGCAGGGAGCUGUUGCUGAUGUGAGUGUGAGAGAGCUUUUGCAUUGAAUUAUUAUUAAAUUAUUGUAAUUAUUAAAUUAUUGUAAGAUAUAAAAGAUAUAAUAGAUAUGCUACUGUUUAAUGACUACAGUUGCAGUGUACAACAAUUAAAAGAGUAAAAUUUUCAAUGAUGGUAUUAAAUUAUGCUAUAAAGUUACAAUAUUUUAUUUCCAUUUGAGAUACAAAAUUUAAAUAUGUUUCUUCAAAAGAUAUAGAAAGAUGUAGUUUUCUGUGUGAAUAUAAAUUGCAAAUUUCUUGCCAUUUUAAUAAAAAAUAAUGAUGCCUCUUAAUGUCACUGUAACAUGCACAACUAAUGUCAGCACUGUCAUGUUAUGGCAAUGUUAAGAUCUUUUUAACAUACCGUCAGAACAGCCAGCAGCAACAUCUACGACAUCUGUUAAAAACACUGCGGGAAAAACAUCUUCUUUCUGCUUCCCUCACUGACCUGGACGUCUCAGGUUCUGGUGUCCUUAUGCAUAUUUCUAGAGGAUUUAAGAACUUAAGGAGAUGUUGCCUUUGGUUCAAUAACCUCUUGCACUGCAAUUCCAGAGGGUCAAAAUAGCAGUAUUAGUAUUUAUUAGUAUUAGUAUUAGUAUUAUCAAUACUUUAGAGCUUUUUUAAAAAUUCAAUAAUAAAUGAACACAUACCUCAAUGUCAUUGGGUGAUCGGAUUGCCCUCUGUGCACACCUGGAGGCAGAUCAGACUUUUGAAAGGUUUUUGAUACUGAAUGAUAUUUUACAGGCUAAAUUCUGUUUCUUUAAAUGUCUUUUUAUAUACAUGAAAAGUUGAAUUUAUUUUUAGGAACAUAAUGCCAUAACAAUAACAUCAGUUAUUGUCAAGAAUGUUUGCCAUAAAAACUAGGAAUGUUGUCCUUGGACGUAUAAUACAAGAAACUAAAAUAUCUUUGCAAAUGUGUCAUUUUUCUAUAGUGUUUGUAAUUUAAUACUCACUUUUUAAAUAAAUGAUUUAGG